CAGACAAUCACGUGACUAUAAUUGACUACAAUAACAAGCGAUCGAAUAGCUUUAUCGUUCCAUUCGUGGUAAAAAUAUUUAAAAUUCUUUAACAAAACCUCAAGAAAUGGAGCUCUACUUCGAAAAUAAACUUCUUUUUAAAGUGCCCCACCAACUAACAUUCCAGGAAAUCACCCAUCUUCUGCCCUUCACCAAGACGGAUUUCUACCUUUUGAGUAACGGCAAACGCGUCUCCGAAGAUGCGCUCGAGCUCAGCGGCAAAAUCGACGUGGUUUUGCGGCUGGUGGGGGGCAAAGGGGGUUUCGGGUCAAUGCUUAGGGCGAUCGGUGCCCAGAUCGAGAAAACCACGAACAGAGAGGCCUGCAGGGACCUCAGUGGACGUCGCCUGCGCGACAUCAACGAAGAGCAGAGGUUGAAGAAGUGGAUUGAAGCACAAGCCGAGCGCGAGAAGGAAGCGGCGGAGAAAAAACAGAAGAAGUUGGAGAGGUUGAUCGAGAAGCCGAAGCACGAGUUCAAAGACGCAGAAUACGAUAAGCUGCGCUCGGAUUUGCCGGAGAAAGUUGAAGAUGCGGUGGUGCAAGGGCUGCAGGCGUCGUGCAGCGGGAAGCGGAAAUCUGACGGCAAGAGUGAGGUUAAGCGGAAGAAACCGAAGUUGUGGAUUGACGAAGAGCUGAGUGGGUCUGAAGACAGCGACGACAGUGACGAUAGUGACGUAGUAUCAAGUAGUAAGAAAGUUGUUAAGGCUAAUUAAUAAAACUAGUAAGUAAGUGAAAA